CACCCAUCUUUUCUCUUUGCCUUCUCCCAUCUCGACCGUACAAACCCCCCAUCAAUCAACUUCACAAGAAAACAACGGUUGGGAAGUAAUGAGACAAAACUUGAAGACAGGCCUUUGUAUUUGCUGGACAAACUAAUUACGUUUUCUCUUCUAUGAUCAUAGGAGAUCAGAGUUUUUUGAAAUUUAGAAGACAGAAGUUUGUGUCUUUUUUCAAUAUUCUUCUUCUUGUUCUCCAUUGGGUUCUUAUCCAAUUGUAGCAAGCUUCAAUCUUUAUCUUCUCUUAAUUCCAGGUUUCUUUGGAAAGGGAAAUGAUGAGAGAUUCUGCAUCUCAGCAAGCAUCGCCAUUGAGUCCUGGUAGCAGGAGUGUUGGGCCAUUGUUUUCAUCAUCUUCUAGAUUUUCCAAUGAUAUGCGUGUCUCUUCAGUUUCACCACAAGGAAAGCAGUCUCAUAAUUCUCCAUUCAUUUCUCAGUCACUAAGGGACAGAGGAAAUUUUACACCAGCCCAUGAUUCUCAUUCAGAAGUGCAAACUACAGAAUUCAUUGCUUGCUCUGAUGAAAAUAAGGAUCUCUCCUGGCCUGUUGAUCCACUUCAGGACUUGCUUGAUUUAGCUGAAAAUGUCCAUGUCCAAAAUGGUCAGGUGGAAAGCAGUGCAGGUGUCUUUGCAUCCGAGGAUCAUGCUAAGAGAACAGACUGGCAGGAGUGGGCAGAUCAGUUGAUCUCUGUUGAUGAUGAACUGGAACCAAAUUGGAGUGAAAUUCUGAAUGAUGUCAACAAGAAAGAUUCCAGACAGAAGGAGUUGAAGCCAUCUCCUAAUAUCUCAGUGCAACAACCCCCAAUUCAUCAGCAUCAAACUGCUCAUAGUGGAGAAGUAUGCGGUGUUGCUAAUCCACUGUCCGCUGCACCCACAACAAAACCCCGAAUGCGCUGGACACCAGAACUUCAUGAGGCUUUUGUGGAAGCUGUCGAUCAGCUUGGGGGUAGUGAAAGAGCUACUCCCAAGGGUGUCUUGAAGCACAUGAAUGUUGAAGGGUUGACCAUCUAUCAUGUUAAAAGCCACCUGCAGAAGUACAGAAGUGCUAGAUAUAAACCAGAGUCAUCUGAUGGAACUUCAGAGAAAAAAACGAGUCCCAUUGAAGAAAUGAAAUCUCUUGACUUGAAGACGAGUAUGGGGAUCACAGAAGCAUUGCGAUUGCAAAUGGAAGUUCAGAAGCGACUCCAUGAACAACUUGAGAUCCAGAGAAAUUUACAAUUGAGGAUCGAGGAGCAGGGGAGGUAUCUUCAAGAGAUGUUUGAGAAACAAAGAAAGAUUGAGGAUGACAAGUCCAAGGCUCCUUCCUCCUCCCAAGAAGACCCUUCCCUUCUACAAGCAAAGUUAGAGCAGUCAUCUGCAAAUAACAAAUUAGAAGCCUCAGAGUUGGACCUUGUCAAAACAAGUAAUGAGAGUGCUUUACUAGAAGAAAGUUCCCAGAGUAUAAGCAGAAAGCAAAAGGCACCAGAGGAAAGAAACGAUCAGGUCCUUGAUCAAAUUGAUGAGGAAUCCAGUCCAGCGCCAAUAAAACGACCAAGAAGAGAUGAGACAGCUGAAGUGUCUACCGGGGCUGCAUCCAAUUGAACAUGUUUACAACAAUAGACAGCUUGCUGCUCCUGCAGAUGAUGUGGUAAACCCUGAAUAAAAGUUACGUGUCCUAUAAGAUGAGGCGCAAUCACUGAGGACCAGGAAAUUUUGGAACUUAAAAUUCAUGUUAACUCUGCUCAUCUAGCCCAGAAUCAAAUGCUCCACAAUGAAUUUCUCAACUUGUGACAUUUUUCUGUUUAGGGGAUUUACUGUAUAUGCUCGUGCUAUGGACUUUUAUUUUAUGCUCAUGCAAUUUUAAUUGUCGAAAGAAUUUGUAGCUUACAAUCGAACAGUAAUUCAUGUAAACGGUGACCUUGUUGGUGCAUCAAUUCAAUAGAAGCUCUUGAUGGAGUUGGUUAUGGAACUGCUAAGAAAUUGCGGAAGACCAACUCCAUCAGGGGUUUUUGUUCUCUUUCAUAAA